AUGGUCUUAUCGAGGGGAACCCGCGACACGGUUUACCUCGCCAUCGUCGGCACCCAGCUGUUUGGCAUGCUCGUGCUCGAUCUGGUGAGCCUGUAUCCCAAGUCGCUCUGGGAGAGCCCGUCGGCGCCUCUGCACUUUCUCACGUCCCUGCGCGAGGCCUACGUCUCCAUGACGGGAGACCCAUUCUUCGCGGCGUCCACCCACGAGCCCUGGUUCGAGGCCUUCCUGUACCUGGAAGCGGCCGUCCAGCUGCCUCUGACGGCGUACCUGGCGCGCUCGCUGUCCGCGGCCAGGAACGCUGCGACGACGGAGCUGUCAGGUCUGGUGUACGGUACCAUGACGGCCACCACCUCGGCCGCGACCUGCUACCACCUCUGGCAGCUGGGCGAGGAUGUCGUGAGCAGGCAAGACAAGGCCCUCAUCUUGUACGGCGAGUACGUCCCGUUUGUCAUAAUACCUCUCAUCAUGGCCAUCGACAUGUACCAGAGACUGCUGGUCCGUCUGGACAGUGUUCCUGCCCCGGCAAAGAAGCAGCAGUAG